AUACUUGGGAAUAAUAAAAACAUAAUGCUGACAACUAAUUGGCGUUAAUUUGUGCCAGGAACUGAGGGGUUGGGUAGGAGGAUGGCUUGCAAGGCCAUGGAAUUUGAAAAGCGGAAAGGGGAGGGGUGUUGACAUCAUAAUGGGGGCGAUGUUCAUGAUAUGCAUGAACUUGUAAUAUAAACCUCUGCACUGAACACAUUUUGGUUAGUGGGAAGUCUGACCACUUCUCCACAACCACCCUUAUUUUUUGCCACGAAAUAGUGGGUGGGGGUUGAUUCAACAGUACCCCCCCCCCUCAAAAUAUGGGGAAAAUGUCGUACACUCCAUUCUGCGAAAUUUGCGCCGAUUUAACUACAUGUGAGUAAAAAAUUUCAUCAGCUGAAAUUUGGGAAAGAAAAUGGAAGAUCAACUUAAAGACGGUCUUCAGGAAAACUCCUCACUGCACUGGACUGCGAACUCAGAGCUCUUAUGAAGGAAAACGAAACAAGUCAAGAAAACAAAACAAAACGCAAUGUCUACUCGAUUUAAGCUAUAUGAAAUCUUAAACUGACUUAGUAACUGGAAUAAUUAGCUCCAAAACAAAUGCUUCUAUUCUCAACCUUGUGUAACUGCACUCAUCGUGCUGGAGGCAAGGGCAGUGCACAAGUUAAGCCGCUAUACUGUAACUUUGGUUGAAGCGGUUGACUUAUUACGGAUUACAAAACCGCAGCCAAGAACGCUGUUGCUAUGGUCCCGCUGGUGUCAAUUGUGGUGGCGCUCAAAACCAUGCAUGCACAACCCAACUGUCAAUAAUUUGCCGGCCUAACACACGCACAUGUACAUGUACACUGGUGUUCGGGGACGUGGGCACACAGCAGUACGGUAGCCACAGGUCAUGGACAAGUCUUUCAACUUGUUUAUCGUGUACCUCCACAGAAUAGGAUGCAGCAUGACGACCUACCGUAACUCUUCGCUCCAGUAAAUGACAAAAACUGUGACAGUCUCUCGUUUCUUCCGGCCCCUGGGGACGCCCAUUACUUGUCUAGGGCGUAGUAGGCGGACUGAAACGCUCAAGCCCCGGCUAUGGAAAUGAAUACCACUAACAAGGUGGAGGAAUGCCACCAACUCCUCCAGAGCCACCGCCCCUCCCUGGUUGGCCAGGUCGUAGCCCUGGACAUGCUCCUGCACUUCAAGGAGCACAUGGUGGUGGACGUGGACAAGGCCAAGGACAUCCGGCGCCAGGGCAAAGGCUACAAUCGCGAGAUCAACCAGGCUAUUAUCGCCGAGCUGAUGACGAGGGGCACCAGGGAAGUUGAGGUCUACCAGCUGGGCUUGCGCAAGAUGAACCUCAAUCUGCUGGCCGAUCUCUUGGAGCAGAAACACUUCACAAAAAUGAUGCACGUCUUUGAGCCGGUGUCCAAGCGGCUCGGACACCACUGGAAGCACCUGUCCGUGGAGCUGGGCAUGCCGGGCAUUGUGCCCAAGAUCGAGUCCAAGUACGUCAGGGUCCGAGAGCAGGCCCUGUACUUCCUGCUGGUGUGGGAAGAGACGGCGGGCAUAGGGGCCACCAUCAACCGCCUGGUGGAGGGGCUGGAACGAUGCGGGAUGAAACAGAUAGUCUUGUACGUCAAAAAGGUGAUUCAAGGGAAGAAUGUGAAGAAAGGAAAGAAGAAAAAGAAAGGAUCAGGAAAAAGUCGGGCUUCCACUGGCACCAGAAGGUAACCUAUGCUGGGCUUCAUUCACCAAUGAAGCUGGAUCAGAUCAAUGUGGAAUAGUUCUACGGUGUAGAAUGGUGCUGUGGCGUAAUCUGCUGUCUUAAGGAAGUGUCUUCAACCGGCUGGUCCAAAACAAUCAUGUGAUGGGUCUCAAUAACCAACAAAGCUUACCAGGUUCAAUGUGGAAAUAGUCUCGUGGAAGUUGUCUUGAUGCAAACAAUCUGCUGCAUCUUAAAAAGUAUCCUAAAACUUGGCAAGCCCCAAAGGUUACCAAUUAAAGUGGGCUUCAUUCAAAGUUCAAAUGUGAAAGUUCUCUACUGAGUGGAAUGCAAUGGAACACCCUACGCUGUCUUGCUGGGGCAUCUACCGAAUGUUCCAGAUCCUUUCAGAAACCAUUUUCUGGAUGUUGGAACGCAACAGGUGGCAGGUAGGAACAAGUGGUGUCUCUAGCCUGUUCCAACCCACCUUUGUAACACGUAAUGAGCUGUUUUCGCCUAAGUGUCAGGCAUAUAUGCAAAAGUCGCAAUAGAGAAAUGUAUGUGGCCGAUAUUGUUAGAAGGCAAUACCACAAUAUCUGGCUGUUCUCAGUUGAAAAACAGCGCGUUCCUAAGCAAUCCAAGUUUUGAGAUGCUAAAUCUUCCGACUUGUGAUUCUGUGCACAUCAAAGUUUGAAUGCCAAGUGAAAUGAUGAUGUGUGUGUUGUUUGGCUGUACAAGCAUUGUAUCUUCACACAGCACAGAGUGUGCAAAAGAUAAACCUGAACAAAUAAACUGAACAAAUAGCUUGAACUUUUCACUCCCAUCAAGUUGGUAGAUCAACUACAGUUGUUGACAAUUUCUCUUCUGCAGCACGUUGUGGGAUAUUAUACGAAAUACUAAAAUGUCACAGAAACCGCACAGAAGAUUGGCAUUACUUUCAUGUUUAAGUAACUGUUGCAAUUCUUUCCAAUUCAUUUACCAGCAUGUGUUACUACCGAAGAUCGUAUAGCGCCGUGUAGCGGCGCAAGAUGGAGAACUUUAAUACAAAUACACGUAAAACGUUGUAAUCACACUG